AUGGAUAGUGUCUUUGCCAGAAUUGCACAAGAUACUUCCAAGUUCGAACUAGGCGACGAAGAGAUUUGGCGUGAGCUCUACGAACCUUUCCAUCACAAAGAGGUGCCGAAUGUAGCUGUCAUCAGAGACGAGCGAUAUGGACCAGCCGAGCGGAAUCUUCUCGACGUUUUUUCGCCACUUGAUGAUACAACGGUAGGCAAGCCCGUCCUAUUGUUCGUGCAUGGUGGUGGGUUUUUCUCAGGAGACAAGGGUUGGAGUGAAAAGUGCUGGGCCAAUAUCGGAUACUUCUUUGCCCAACAGGGGAUAGUUGUGGUGGUGGCUAAUCACCAGCUGAACUCAUCAGCCCAGUAUCCAGCAGGGGCAGACGACAUACAGCUUGUCCGAGAGUGGAUCUAUGAGAGCAUCUCGCACAAGAAAUAUGGCCAAGGAUCCCCUGAAAAUGUCGUAUUGAUGGGCCACUCAUCCGGUGGUGCUCACAUUGCCAUGAAUCUCUACGCUGAAGGUAAGAGCAACACUCAAAGAAAUGUUUUCCCUCCUGUGGCUGGUGUCAUUUAUUUGAGCGUUCCAUUCUGGUAUGACAGGGAAAGGCCUAUUCGGCAAAAGAUCUUGCGACGUUAUUACGGAAGUGAUGCCGAGGAUGUCUGGGGUCCCCGGUCGGCCCUAGGGCUAUUCCGACAGCUUCCUGAAGAUUCACCAUUACUCAAGGAGGCUUGCGAUGGCGCCAUCGACUUCUUCAAUGCUUACCGUGCAAAGAGCACGCCCGCAGGCACAUUGCCAAUCUUUCACGUGCUUGAUAAACAUAAUCAUCUGAGCAACGUGUUAUCCAUCGGCACGGAAGAUUCCGUCCAAGCAGAAAAGCUUUUGGAGUUCAUCCGGUCGUGCACUCAUAGCAGGGCCUUGAAUAGUAAGCGAUGA